GUAUGCUCUAGAUUGUAUUGUGUAGCCAACAGUUGUUGAGUGCUGAGUGUGUAUUGGCUUUUUGAAUUUGCAAGCAGAAAGUAAAUCAAGCUGAAUUUGCAAAGUGCGUGACAAAUAAAAAAGUGAACAUAGCCAUUUAGAAAGGACAAAGAUUGUAUGUUCAGCGUUUUUCUGCGUUUGGCGAACGGAUUUUCUUUCCAUUCACUGACUCUCUCCCAUGAAAAUCGUUUACAUCUGAAUAUUUAAUAUCAAUUAGUUUGUGGCGGUAUAUAAAGCUCGAAUGCGCUAUGUCCAUGUGAAAAAAAAAGAUGCACGAUUUUCAUCCCAUAAAAAAAGGACUACAGACAUUUUCCAAUGUACAUUGUGUGUGUAUGUGUGUCUGAAAAAGUUAAUAAGUGGAAAAGAGUACAUAUGGAAAUCCAUAGAGAGAAAGAUAAAUUAAGUGUUGAUGCUGUGUUUGUGCAAUGAAUGGCGCUUUUUACAAGAUCUCAGUAGAUUUCAGAGGCUCGAAACUCAAACAAGGAGACCAAGUGAUUAACAAAUGUUUACAUAUUUACUUUGCAAGAAAAUUGUCAUUCCUAGAAUAACUUCAAAAGAGUUUAAAUAUCGUGUAAAAUUUGAAAUUAAUUGAAGUUGGUCUACACCACACAGUUGAAUUCCAUCAAGGAAUUCUGGUUAUACACAAAUCGAAGACUGCAUCGGGUUGAUUAUACUAAAAGCUUUUAGUCAUCUCACCUAAAAUUUAUGACUGGAUCACGGGCACAGAAUCAUUUUCCAAGCAUCAAAAUUCUCUCUUAUGCGAACCAUUUUCAACAACUACAUCGAAGACAAUAACGGCAAACAGUAGAAGGAAAGAUUGGAAAUGAAGCAAAUCUUCCGAUAAAAUGAAUGUGAAAUACAUUCUACUUUAUCGGUUUAGAUGUUAAUCAUAAGUUUAUAUGGCCAACGCAUGACGCUUCACAUCUCUAUGUGUAAUGCUCACUUUCAUCGCAAUACUGACGGCAAAAAUUGAUAAAAGCCAUUGAGAAAAUACUUCUAGAUAUAAACUUUAUAAAUCCAUUAUUUUUUUCACAUCAAUCGAAAAAUCAGUUGGUGCCAUAAAUAAUUCAAGACACAAACUAAUCUUAUUUCUUCAUAUCUCCAAGCAACUCUGAAAACUAGCUUUCAACAAAUUGAUGAGACAUACGCGUUCUUCCAAGUCAGUUUAGAGAAACGUGAAUUUAUAUUGUCCUUGGAAAUCUUUUGAAUCUCUUUUGUAUUCAUGAUAAAAACUGUUUAUUCUGAAGUACGAAUUAGUCUUUUUUCCUUCUUCCCCACAUCUAUACAUUCAUGCAUGCAUGCAUUGAAAUGUAUAAUCGUUUCGAAUAAAAAGAUUUUCGACGUCACUUAUUACUAAAAUCACAGAAAACCAAAUCUUGAUAAUAUAACGGACCAUUCGAAGUAUGAAAUUAUGUCCUUUUCAAAUAAUGCUAUGUCAUCAUUCACUUCUAUCUGUUUGACGAGAUGUAUUUCGAACAUUUGCGAGAUUCGAUGUGCUGAAGAAUGAGAUGCUAUGCCUCAGUACGUUAAUGUUACAAAUGGCACAUAUGAUUUGAUAUUGGUCAAAUUUAUUCCGCAAAAUUUGCUGACACACAAAAAAUUCAAUUAGACGUACACCGAAAUGGAGUCAUGAAGAAGAAUUUCAAGUGUUACUAGCACAUAGUUGAUGCUCCAAGCGUUUUAAUAAAUGACGCUAUCUCAGCCAAAUACAAAUACAAAUGCAAAUGUACCAUUAAACAUACAUAUUAAAAGCCUGAAGAAAAUAAUCUCAAAUGGCGUUAUUAAAAUACCACAAUCGGAAAAAAGCAAAAGAGAUAAUUAUAUACAUGGAAUUCUUAUGAAAAUGCGUUCGACAAUUGAGGAAACAUUUACGGAAGCCGAUUUCGUUCGAACAUGUUUUCGCGAAUCGCAUAGAAAAUCAUCAAUCGCAUUGAUGAAAAUCCACAUAUUUCUACUGAUAACACUGCUUACUUGUGUUUCAAUGUGUAUGACAAGAGCUUCAGCACAUACAAUGAAGUACAGUUCGAAUGUUGUUAAAACCAAAUAUGGUGAGCUGCGAGGAAUUGUGGUACGUAAUAAUCCGACUGUUGAAGCCUAUCUAGGUGUGCCGUAUGCAACACCUCCAGUUGGAAGUUUGAGAUAUAGCCCGCCUGUUACUCCAUCGUCUUGGAAAAGCACACGUCUUGCCGAUCGUUUUUCACCUGUGUGUCCACAAUUACCACCCGUAUCACCAACAGGGCGUGAGGCAUUGCUCGAAUUUCCAAGAGAGCGGCUAGCACAAAUUCGGCGAUUGUUACCAUUGUUAUCCAAUCAAUCCGAAGAUUGCCUCUAUCUUAAUUUAUACGUACCACGCACAGUCGAAGCAGCGUCAAAAAAUAACAAGGGGCUGGCAGCUAUAGUAUAUAUUCAUGGUGAAUCGUUUGAAUGGAAUAGCGGAAAUCCAUAUGACGGCUCAAUAUUGGCUGCACAUGGAAAUGUCAUCGUGAUAACAAUUAACUUUAGAUUAGGUGUAUUAGGUUUCUUAAAGACGGGCUCAAAAGGCAGUGCACAAGGGAAUUUUGGUUUGAUGGAUUUGGUCGCUGCUAUUCAUUGGCUGCGCGAAAAUUUACCAUCAUUCAAUGGGGAUCCGACGAAAUUAACGUUAAUGGGCCACGGAACUGGUGCUAGUUUGGCCAAUAUGUUGAUAACUUCACCCGUUGUAAGUGAUUUGAUUCAGAGAGCAAUUUUGUUGAGUGGUUCGGCCCUGUCUCCAUGGGCCAUUCAAAAAGAUCCCUUGUUUGUAAAACGAAAAGUUGCUGAGCAUACGGGCUGUCACGGUGAUCUGGUGGAGGAGGAUUUAGCACCAUGUUUGCGAACUAAACCUCUUUCUAAUUUAUUGUCCGUUCAACUUGAAACGCCGAGAUUUCUACCGGGCUUUGCUCCAUUUAUUGAUGGCACUGUGAUUAUUGGCACAAACUCGAAUAGUUCAUUGACCCUUCCGCCAGGAUCGGCUAUAUCGAGUACGAUGGGAAUUGAAAUGGCCGAUUUUUCGAAGCGUGAGAUAAUAUUUGGUGUAACGUCGCUAGAAUCGUACUUGGAUUUGAGUGCUCAAGAUUUGGAAUUUGGUUUUAAUGAAACCAGAAGGGAUCGAAUUCUUCGAACAUAUGUUAGGAAUAACUUUAAUUACCAUCUAAAUGAAAUUUAUGCUGCCUUAAAGAAUGAAUACACGGACUGGGAAAGACCGCCACGUAAUCCUCUUGGCUCAAGAGAUGCUGCUUUGGAGCUUCUGAGCGAUGGUCAUACCGUUGCACCGAUUGUUCGAGUUGGCUAUUUACAUAGUUUACGCGGCGGCAAAUCGUACUUUAUGCAUUUCAAUCACAUGUCAAAUGAACGCGAUUUUCCACAGAGAAGCGGAAGUGUACGCGGUGAGGAUGUGCCUUUCUCUUUAGGACUUCCAAUUUCGCCACUUUUUCCACACAACUAUACGAUACAAGACAUUAAAAUAAGUCGAACAAUGGUUCGUUACUUGUCCAAUUUUGCACAUACCGGGAAUCCAAAUGAAUCACCUUCAUCAUUGACGCACAUAUCCCAAACAAAACAUAAUCACAUAGCCACCCCAAUGGAAGGUAUACAUAAGUUGACAAAGUCCACUGGUGAAGUGAGUUCGAAAAAAAAACGACAAUUGGCGUGGUCUCCAAUUAGAAGGAGAAAAAAACGAAAUCGCAGUUUCAGUUAUUAUGACAACGACGAAGAUAGCGACGAGAGCGAAAGCGACCACGAAGAUGAAUCCAACGAAUAUGAUGAUGCACACUAUAGUCACAACAGAGAUCGAUUAGAAGAUACAAAUGACCAACCGUACCCAUUUUGGGAUACGUAUGACACACUAAAUCAAUACUAUUUGGAAAUUGGUAACAAAUUCGAUAUGAAAAAUCACUAUCGAGGUCACAAACUAUCUUUGUGGCUGAAUUUAAUUCCCCAAUUGCAUAUGCCUGGUGAAUUGAACGAGUUAUCAAUAAGACAUCAUCAUUUCACUGAAUCUGAUGCGAAAUUUUACGAUGGAAUCGUUCGUACACAAAGUAUCGAAAAACCAAUAUUAAGCAAACCCGUUGUUUUGAAAAGUGAUGCUAAUGUGGUCAACACGAAGGUAGUAAUCACCACGGUUGCAACGUUUACAGAUUGCCCUUCCAAUACAACUGUAUUACCAACGCUAGCUGCCACGAGGCCUCAUCAAAAUACUCCAACUAUUGAGAAUAAAUUGGAAAAUCGAAGUUUUCACAUGGACGGAUUCUUGCGACAUCUGACCAGUAGCCAAUUUCACAGUUAUUCAGCAGCAUUGGCAAUCACAAUCGGUGUCGGAUGUUUUCUCUUACUUUUAAAUAUCUUAAUAUUCGCCGGAAUCUACUAUCAACGUGUCAAACGAACGCUUGACACAAAGAAAAAGGAAGAAUUUGUGGAGUCUGAUAUAAUAUUGCCAAAUUUUAUUGACCGUUGUAUCGAGAAAGGUGUAGGAAAGGGUUCACUGAAUAUGCCCACAUAUUCGGCCGAUUUGAGCUAUGAUGAAUAUAGCCGCUAUGUCGAGAAGGCAAUGCAUUGUGGUCCGCCAACUGAAACUCAUAAAUGCAAAGCGAGUGGAAAGGAUACACACGUGGAUUUUAUUCGAAUUCCAACACAUUCAUUGCACAAUAGUGAAAUGCCCGAAAAGAAAGUGCAAAUUUCCAUAAAUGAUACGACCAUUCAUCAACGUCUAUCAACAUAUCCAUCACCGCAAUUACAUUCAUCAAUUUCGGAGGCCGACAGCAGUAACAGUAGCGAAUUUGUUACAUAUCAACAAAGUACCAACAGAGAAUGUCUCGACUCACACAAGAUGAUGACUGAGCAUUGUAAUCAGUCAACGCAAUCAGAAUUCUUGGGUAUGCACGACGUCGGUACAACUGUAACAGAGAGUGACGUUGAAGAUCGUCACACAGCUAAGCCGAACGAUAUUCGUACUGAAAAAGUUCUGUCAACACCGUCAUCUUUAAGAUCGAGUAUAUCAACAUCAAACUAUCAGGGUGGUAUUUUGAGACAACAUCAACUUGGACCAACUACUCCUUCUACAUCGAAGAAACGUGUGCAAAUACAAGAAAUAUCUAUCACAAAAAUGCUUCCGACAUACACAAGGCUAGGGACAUCUACCUCAUCGGUACGGCGGGCACUGCGUACACGUGAAAAGUUUUUAAUACUUCUUCUGUUUGCCACAUUGGCAUUUGUUUGCUUUGGCGGACUAUUUUAUUUACCCGAUAAUUUUGUAAGUUCGGACAAAGUGCGAGAAGUAUAUAAUAAAAUUCAAAACGCAGGGCCGGAAAUAUUCAUACCGGCUCCACCGGUUGCAAGACAUCAUCACCAGCAUGGAGUAGACGGAACGAAUUCGAUUGACAAUCAAAAAAAUGGUGAUAAUCAUCUUUUUAAUGAUCGGAAUCGAUUACAGGCGAAAAUUCAGGGCGAAUGGGAUGCAGCUGUCGCCGAAGGCGAUCAUUUAGAAAAACCUCAAUCGAAACCACAGCCAAAUGAGGCGCCAUUGAUGAGCCCAUUAGCACCUGAAAAGCGAGAGGUUGAGAAUCCAGUCGACGGUGGUGGACUUGGAGUCGCUGAUGCUCCCGACCUACAAACUAACAGUUUGCCGAGUGGUGAAGAUCCGGAUCCAGUCAUUCGUGAACGGCGUAAUAAAAUCCGUGAAAUGACUGUGCACGCUUGGGAGAAUUAUAAGCUCUAUGCUUGGGGAAAGAAUGAACUACGUCCGCUAAGCAAGCGCGCCCAUACUGGAAGUAUAUUUGGUGCAUAUGAUCUUGGAGCAACAAUUGUCGAUGGCUUGGACACACUGUACAUAAUGGGCUUGAAGCAAGAGUACCAAGAAGGACGUGAAUGGGUUGCUCAAAAGUUCUUAUUCAAAAAUAUGAGUGCCGAGUUAUCAGUGUUUGAAACAAAUAUUCGAUUUGUUGGCGGCUUGUUAACUCUGUACGCAUUUACGGGCGAUACUAUGUAUAAAGAGAAGGCACAAGAAGUUGCCGAUAAACUACUACCUGCUUUUCAAACGCCGACAGGCAUACCGAAUUCAUUAAUUAACAUUAGAACUGGUUAUAGCAAAAAUUAUGGGUGGGCAAGCGGUGGAAGCAGCAUUUUAUCCGAAUUUGGAACUCUUCACCUUGAGUUUGCUUAUUUAAGUGAUGUAACCGGAAAUCCAGUCUAUCGUGAGCGUGUAAUGAAUAUCCGACAAUUGUUGAAAGAUAUUCCAAAACCAAAUGGACUGUAUCCCAAUUAUUUGAAUCCCAAAACGGGUAAAUGGGGACAACAACACAUAUCAUUAGGUGCACUUGGAGACUCGUUCUACGAGUAUUUGCUGAAAGCAUGGCUUCAGUCGGGCCAAACUGAUGGAGAUGCCCGACAAAUGUACGACGAAGCGAUGGAAGCAAUUGUCAAAAAUAUCAUCCAAACUUCACCAGGCGGAUUAGUUUAUGCAAGUGAUAUGAAAUUUGAUCGACUAGAGCAAAAAAUGGAUCACCUGGCCUGUUUUUCCGGAGGGUUAUUUGCAUUGGGUGCAUCUACUCAACAAGAUCAAAAUUUCGAAAAGUACAUGGACAUUGGUAAAGGCAUUACCAACACUUGUCACGAAAGUUACAUUAGAACAGCAACGCAUCUUGGACCAGAAGCAUUCAGAUUUAAUGAAGGUGCUGAAGCAAAAGCUUUACGGGCGCAAGAAAAGUACUACAUAUUGCGUCCAGAAACAUUUGAAAGUUAUUUCAUAUUGUGGCGUCUGACUCAUGACCAAAAAUAUCGGGAUUGGGGCUGGGAUGCCGUGCAAGCAAUCGAACGAUAUUGUAGGUCACCAGGUGGUUUUAGUGGUAUUAAAAACGUUUAUCUCGAAGAUCCACAAAAAGAUGAUGUUCAGCAAAGCUUCUUCAUUGCCGAAGUGUUGAAGUAUUUGUAUUUGCUGUAUUCGGACGAUUCGCUACUGCCGUUAGAUGAAUGGGUGUUCAAUACAGAGGCCCACCCGCUCCCAAUAAAGGGCAAUUCAAUGUACAGACAAGCAUUAUCGCAAACUAAUAAUCCAUAGGGUGUUUAUGAUGUUAAUUCCUUACAUGAAAAAUAAUUGACAGUAGUCCCGAAUCUACCUAUUUACAUUUAACUUAGCAAAAUCUAGGAAUUAGAAUAUGCAAUGCAUAAUCCUCACGUUCUUCUACUAGCAAAAAACAUGUCACAUCAAAUUUAGACUAAUCUAGUUUGUUGAUUGCUUAUCCUGAAAAUGUUAUAAUUGCUGCAGUGGCUGUGGAAAAUUUGAGAGAAAUAUCACGUUUUAAUGAUCGACGUUAUGUAACUUAAAUACUUUUCUUGUAAAUAUACAAAACAUCGUCUCUAUGCACAUUGCACACAGAGAUACAAAGUUGCAAAUUACUCUUGAUAAAUCGAAAGGAACAUAUAUGUGAGUGUAUUUGAAAGGGAACGAAAUAUUCAGAAUUAUUUAUUUGUAGUGCACCGUAUUUCGAUACCCAAUUUUGAAUAAGUACGAGCUAGAAAAAAAAGAGAAGAGUAAUUUAAUCGUAGAUCGCGUUCCCCCGAAAGAAAUUAAAAAUGAAACGUUCUUUAAAAUAAUAAUUCAAUUUAAAUAAAGUCGAAUGAUAAAAAAUGAAUGAUGUACUGGAUUUGUAGAAUAAAGACUUCAACUCGAACUGAUAGAAUCAAA